GCCAAAACAGACAGGACAACAUCUCAUCCCAUCACGUCCAAUCUGUCUCUCUUGACACGGCUGUCACCAUGGAGAUGACACUUCUCCUGCUCCUUCUCUGUGCCAGAGUCUGCUACACUGCCGCAAACAGCCGACUCAGAAAAUUCAGCGUCAUUCAGCUACGAUGUAAUUGGACAACGGCAUUGAGCUACUGUAAGAGCAAUCAUAGUACUCUCGCCACGAUGUACAACCAGGAGGAAUAUGAGCAGCAGAAACAGUUGCUACGUAAUGGAAUCAGCAAUGCCUGGAUAGGUCUCAACCGCCAGCGGUACAGACUGAAGUGGUCCAAUGGAGACCCUGUUAAUGCCUCUGCAUGGCCAUCACUUCCAAGUGAAAACCAAUAUUCCUAUUGUGCAUCAAUGCACACAAAUACAACAUGGUCAUUAUGUACAGAUCCCAAGAUCUUCAUGUGUUACGGAAAUGGGCCUGGUGAUUCCUUUCCCCAAUACAGGCUGAUUAAACAAAACCUGACCUGGUAUGAAGCUCAGAAUUACUGCAGAUAUAACUUAAUUGACCUCGUCAGUAUUAUGAAUGAGAGACAAAAGGAAGAAGUGAAGAACUGCGGGAUGAACAGCACCACUCCUUUCUGGAUCGGUCUACUGUAUGAUGACUGGGAGUGGGCUGAUGGAGGGAAAUCUGCCUAUAGAAAGUGGUCCACAAUAGCUCCGUAUCCUAAGGAGAAUAUCCUAAGGAACUACACUUAUCUAAUGAAGAGUUUGGAAGAUAUUUUCACUGUAUCACUUAAAAAUAAAUGUGACGGUGCAAUCUGCUCUGAAGGAUCAGUGCGCGUCCACAUUAUCAGGGAAAAAAAGAUAUGGGAAGAUGCUUUGAACUACUGCAAUAAACACCAUGAUGGACUGCUGCGUUUUGAGUCUGCAGAAGACCUGUCAGCGAUCGACCAGCAGUUAAAAGGGACUAAUUUAACUGGCCCCGUGUGGAUCGGUCUGAGACAGAGCAGUCUCUUUGGGUUCUGGGUCUGGACCAAUGGGCUGUCAGUGAACCCAGAGGACUGGAGUAACUGGGAGGGAGGGAUAUGGCCUCAAUUGCCCCUGUCCCACCAAUGUGGUGCCAUGGAAACAAAGAAGGGAUACAAGUGGGUUGAUCAGGACUGUCUGUCGCAGUUGUACUUUGUUUGUGAAGAACUGAUCUGAACUCAGGAACGCGGCAAACAACUAAAA